UACAUUAUACAUUACUAGCUUAGCAACAACAUAUCGAAUCCAUAUCAUUGCUUUGUAGGUCUUAGUAUCAGUUUCGCUGGGCCUUUCAGUUCUUCAAUCUCUCCAAUUAUAACUUUUCUAUCACAAUUCCAGUCGACCUCACAUAUAAACAACCUCUUCCAUGGAAGAGUUUGAGCACCUGAGAGUACCACUUCACUUCAUUAAACUUGCCACCAACAACUUUGGGGCUUCCAACUUCAUCGCAGAAGGUGGAUUUGGCAAGGUAUACAAAGGAGAAUUCAAAGCAGAAUUCUUUCAAUCUGGGGAUCCGAUCGUUGGUGCUGUAAAGCUUUUGGAUAGAUCAAAAGAUCAAGCAGAUGUUUCAUUUUGGAGAGAGAUCAUGUUGCUUUCCAGUUAUAAUCAUAAAAAUCUCAUCUCACUUCUAGGAUAUUGUGAUGAGAGUGAUCAAAGGAUCAUAGUGUACGAGUAUGCUUCAAACAAAAGCCUUGAUUUUCAUAUAUUUGGCCCCAACCUCACAUGGAUUCAACGUCUAAAGAUAUGUGUCGGUGCUGCAUGUGGCUUGCAGUUCCUUCACGAUCCGAGGGGGAGCCAACAAAGAGUCCUCCACCGUGAUAUAAAAAGUGCCAACAUCUUGUUGGACGAAAACUGGAAUGCCAAGAUUGCUGAUUUUGGCCUAUCCAAAUAUGGUCCUGCGAACCAACAACACACGUUUCUUUUUUCUGAUGCGAAAGGCACUCUUGGGUAUUGUGAUCCCAUGUACAUAGAGACAAUGUUAUUGACCAAAGAAUCAGACGUCUACUCUUUUGGCGUUGUACUAUUUGAAGUCUUGUGCUCAAGGCCUUGUGUCGAUUAUAGUUUUAGUGAUCUACGUCGAUCACUACCACUAUUGGUAAAAAAGUGCUAUCAAGAACUAACUUUACACACAAUUAUCGAUGCUAACUUAAGUCAACAAAUCGAACAAAACUCGUUGGAUACGUUUGUAGAACUUGCAUAUCAAUGUUUGGAAAAAGAUCGGACAAAACGCCCGUCAAUGGAUUUGGUCGUCAGCAAGCUCCAAACUGCACUCAAAUAUCAAGAGGAGUUUGAGGGUAAACAACCAGAGACAAGAACCAGUGUAUCUCAAAAGAAUGGAGAUGAUUCAGAUAAAGAACAAGUGGCAGGGUUGUCAUUUAAAUUUAAAAAAACGAAUAAACCCUCUUGGGAAUAUGAGAAAAUAUGUCCACCUGGAGGACGCGAUUUGAUUAUUUUGUACACAGGAUGCUACACACACAUCCCGAAGACAUUCUAUGAUUGCUCAAGUAUUGAAUCUUUACUCGACCUUUAUAGAGUUUCAUACGAAAAACGAGAUCUGUUAUGGAACACGAGUUUCAAAGGUGAACUAGAGGAGAUGUUGGGUAAAGAUGUGUUACCACCAAGGCUAUUUAUAAAGGGUAAGUACAUCGGUGGAGCUGAAGAAAUUGAAUUGCUGGACGAGCAAGGGAAAUUGCAGCUACUACUUUUAGCAUAAAACAUAUGCAAAGCGUGUGCAAGAGAUGGAUUUGUGAUCUAUUGUAAUUGCAGAUUAUGGAUUGUAAAUGAUUGAUUUCCAGCCAAUAUAUAUUUUAAUCAUUACGCUACGA